AUGGCGACUCCUCAACAAAUCAACAACCUGCAAAACUCGUUUCAGAGAGCCGUGAACAUGGGCGGAUCACCUGGCGAGGUUUCGACUUCUCCCACUCAAUCGUUCAUGAGCUCGAUCCCCCGUCGUGUGAGUCUCUCCAAACAAACAAAAGCACUCAAACCAUUUUCCACCGGUGACAUCAAAAUCUUACUGCUGGAAAACGUCAACCAGACCGCUGUUGAGAUCUUCAACGGACAAGGCUACCAGGUGGAGUACCACAAGGCUUCGCUCCCCGAGGAGGAGCUUAUCGAAAAAAUCAAAGACGUGCACGCUAUCGGUAUCAGAUCCAAGACAAGACUGAGCGAAAAAAUCCUAAAGCACGCGAAAAACUUGGUCGUGGUGGGCUGUUUCUGCAUCGGAACCAACCAAGUCGACCUCGAUUACGCCGCCAAAAUGGGUGUGGCCGUCUUCAACUCGCCCUUCUCCAACUCCAGAUCUGUUGCCGAACUUGUCAUCGCAGAAAUCAUCACUCUGGCCAGACAACUCGGCGAUAGAUCGAUCGAAAUGCAUACUGGAACCUGGAACAAGGUGUCCAAGAAGUGCUGGGAAGUUAGAGGUAAGACUCUCGGAAUCAUUGGGUACGGCCACAUUGGUUCCCAGUUGUCCGUCUUGGCAGAAGCCUUUGGUAUGCACGUUCUAUACUACGACGUGAUUACCAUCAUGGCUUUGGGUACCGCAAAGCAGGUUUCCACUUUGGACGAGCUAUUAAACAAGUCCGACUUUGUCACCUGUCAUGUUCCAGCCACCGCGGAAACCAAGAAUUUGUUGUCCGCGCCUCAAUUUGCUGCGAUGAAAGACGGUUCUUACGUGAUCAACGCCUCGAGAGGUACUGUCAUCGAUAUCCCAGCAUUGGUGCAAGCCAUCAAAGCCGGUAAGAUCGCUGGUACUGCGCUGGACGUUUACCCCAACGAACCUGCUAAGAAUGGUGCCGGCGCCUUCAGCGACGAACUCAACAGCUGGAAUUCCGAACUAGUCUCGUUGCCAAACGUAAUCUUGACUCCUCACAUUGGUGGCUCCACCGAAGAGGCUCAGAGUGCCAUUGGUAUCGAAGUGGCCACUGGUUUGACCAAGUAUAUUAACGAAGGUUGCUCGGUUGGAUCUGUCAACUUCCCAGAAGUUGCCCUAAGAGGUCUGGACUUGGACCAAGAAAAUGUCGUGCGUGUCUUGUACACCCAUCACAACGUCCCUGGUGUUCUGAAGACCGUGAACAACAUCUUGUCGAACCACAACAUUGAGAAGCAGUUUUCGGAUUCCCAGGGCGACAUUGCGUACCUAAUGGCCGAUAUCUCUUCGGUAAAUCAAAGCGAUAUCAAAGACAUUUACGACCAGCUAAAUGCCACUGAGUACAAGAUCUCCAUUAGACUGCUAUACUAA